AUGGCAUGUUAUUUUAAUUGGAUAGUGAUUGACUUACGUAUAAUUUUCUCCGCAAUACUUACUGAUAAUUACGUAAAAUCUAAUAACAUAGUGUGUGCAGUCCUAUAUUUAUUCUUGCUUUUUCAUAACGUUAGCAAAUUUCUACUCAUUAAUUAUGUGUGCGAAACAGUCAGUACCAAGGCUACUACAACAGGAUAUUUAUUAAAUAAAUUAUCAUAUUCUAUUUUUGACGUUGAAGUCCAUGAAAUCAUGUCACAAUUUUCAUUACAAAUGACUUAUGAGCCUCUUAGAUUCUAUGGAAUUGGAUUUUUCCAAUUUGGCUUCAAAUUUCUUUACAGGUUUAUCAUGUCUAUUGCGACCGUUUUAGUUAUUGUAAUACAAGCGCACGUAAAUAAGUAA